UGUGAGUCAGUCGCGCGCUAACCCUGGGUGAGGACACACGCACUCCGCGUCGCCUUCCGCCGUGUUCGUCCUGCAAGCCUUGCUAAGGUCUCAAGUCAGAACCCGACAAGUAGUGUGGCUACGAGCUGCAGCCUGUCUCAGGGCAGUUUAAGUAAGUGUUGCACGGGGCGGACCACCAGCUCUCGUAGGUACACUCAUGAGGACAUAAGCUUGAUCGUCUCGCCGUGGUUUAACGCGUCGGUGAACUAAGGGGAGAACAUAAUAACUCAGUCAUACACGCUGGACGCUGGGUCGGGGCGUCAGUCUGCAGCUGAGGUGGCCUGCAGGCAGCCCAGUGACAGGUGACGGUGGCCACACGUGAUGACAAUAACAGUGUGUGGGAGGGUCACCUGGUGUCUAUAACACCACCGAGGCGGCAGGUGUCACAUCACUAUGUACGAUCCAAGCGUUUGAAAGAACGGAUCGCUGUCUUUAGUUCCCGCCAACUUUUAUGAAAACAACAACAACAACAACAACAACAAAAACAGAGGCAUAACUGAAAUUGUAACAUGCUGGGGACGUGCUGUGUGUGGGGUCCAGCAGGCGGGUGGUGGCACUAGACCAGCCCCAUUCACCAUGCUUCUGCUGCGUCUCCUGCUUCUGCUGCUGCUGUCUCUCACCAGCAACGCCCUAAGCCUCCAGGUCAAAGGUCACGUGAGAAGUAUCCUCAGGGGACGUCUUAUUAACAUCGGAAAUCAAUGACUGUACGGUGUCCAAGUGACGUCACAGCCUUCCUCCUCCUCAAGAUGGUCGCCCGUCCUGACGCUUUGUGGGCCGUCAUGGUCCUGGUGCUCCUCACGCCCCUGGCAGUACUAAGUGAGGAUGAGGAGUCACUACCAAAGUUUAUUGAGAACGUACCCAACAUCACCGUCACUGUGGGUAGAGAUGCCCUCCUACCCUGCACUGUCGAACAACUCAAAGGAUUCAAGGUGGCGUGGGUGCAGGUAGACACACAAACUAUCCUAACUAUCCACAAGCAAGUGAUUACCAGGAACCCGAGGAUAGCACUCCUGCACAACGACCACAGGACUUGGCACCUCGAGCUGAAGAACGUGCGAGAGAAGGACAGAGGCUGGUAUAUGUGUCAAGUCAACACUGAUCCCAUGCGCUAUCGUCAGGGCUACGUCGAUGUUGUGGUGCCACCUGACAUCAUUGACCGAGAGUCCUCUGAUGACAUGACCAUUCGUGAGGGCCAGGAUGUGACCUUGACCUGUAGAGCCAAAGGUCAUCCUACUCCCAGCAUUGUGUGGCGCCGCGAGGACAACGAGGACAUUGUACUCGAUAAUGAAAAGACAGAUGUGGGCGCUAUGGGCGGUGUGAUGGUUGACGUGGACGGGCGUGACGGCGUUGUGACGAGCGCAGAGCGGGUGGUGGAGGGGGAGACCCUACAGAUGAGGAAGGUGUCACGACUUCAGAUGGGCUCCUACCUGUGCAUAGCCUCUAAUGGCAUACCUCCUUCGAUCAGCAAGAGGACACAGCUUCGAGUCCAGUUCCCGCCGGUAGCGUGGGUGCCUCAGCAGUUGGAGGGAGCUUACAUAGGGCAGGAGCUGACCAUUGAGUGCCACACCGAAGCCUUCCCUAAGAGCAUCAACUAUUGGACUAACACGAACGGUGACAUGAUCGUGGCAGAUGAGCGCUACGAGCCUAUAGUGACCGAGAACUCCUAUAAGGUAUACAUGAAGCUCAGGAUCCGUAGGGUGGAGCCACAGGAUAUAGGAACCUUUAAGUGCAUUGCCAAGAACUCUCGGUGAGACGGGACAGCUAUC